AUGUCAAAGGCUAUCGCAGGCCACGAUGUCGCGGCCCAGGAUGUCGCCGAGGUUUCCGAAAUCCAUCAUCUGCUCGCCCAGGACACGACCCCCUGGUACAGGAAGAAGAACCUGCGGCGACUAUACUUCUGCCUGGUUCCAGCGGCCCUGGGCGUCGAGAUGACUUCUGGCUAUGAUGGGAGCGUCCUGAACGGACUGCAGGCUGUACAACCAUGGCAAGACUACUUCAACACCCCCAACGGCGCCCUUCUUGGUGUCAUGACGGCAGCAUUUUCGAUUGGGGCCGUGGUUGCUGUCCCUCUGGUGCCCUAUGUCAAUGAUCGAUUCGGUCGGAAAGCCUGUGUGAUAGUGGGCUCGACCAUCAUCACCGUUGGUGCCGUCCUGCAGUGCGCUGCUGUUAAUUUUGCCAUGUUCCUCGUGGCCCGCAUUAUCCUGGGUAUGGGCAUUGUCUAUGCCAUUAGCGGGGCGUCCCAGCUCAUUUCAGAGCUGGCAUAUCCGAAAGAACGAGCAGUUAUCACUGGCCUCUUCAAUGAGAGUUGGUACGCUGGGGCAAUCAUUGCAGCCGGCGUCACCCUGGGGACAUUCUCCUGGAAAAGUAGUUGGAGCUGGCGUCUGCCAUCACUGUUGCAGCUUCUCCCGUCAACCUUGCAACUCGUUUUCAUCUGGUUCAUACCAGAAUCACCACGGUUCUUGGUAUCAAGGGACCGCCACGAAGAAGCCCUGGAGAUUUUGAUCAAAUACCACGCUGAAGGCGAUGCAUCCAGUGCGUUUGUAGCUGCCGAGUACCAGCAGAUCCGCGAAACCAUUCGAAUGGAGCUGGAGAGUAUCAAAAGGCCCUGGAAGGAAAUUGUUACCACAGGUGUCAAUCGCCGUCGAGUCCUCAUCGCUGCCUGUGUCGGCCUGUUCUCUCAGUGGUCAGGCAAUGGCCUGGUCUCCUAUUAUCUGUCCAAAGUGCUCGCGACUGUGGGCAUUACCAAGAAAAGGACGCAGAACGAAAUCAACCUCGGUCUUUCAUGCUGGAACUUGAUCACUGGUGUCACGGGCGCUUUGUUGGCCCACGUCCUCCCCCGUCGUCGGCAGUACUUGGCCUCAUAUAUCGGCAUGACUGUCAUGUUUGCGUGCUGGACGGCCGCCUCAGCGGUUUAUGCCAAGGAUCACAGCAACCAUCACGCGGCCAUUGGUGUGGUUGCGCUUAUAUUUCUCUAUUACGGGUUUUACAACCUGAUGAUGCCACUUACCUACAUUUUCAUCUGCGAGGUGUUUCCUUUCAUCCAUCGCAGCAAGGGCGUGGCCAUCACCCAGUUCUUCUCGCGGGGUGGCAGUGCCUUUAAUCAGUUCGUCAACCCGAUCGGCCUGAAGAACAUUGAGUGGCGGUAUUAUCUUGUGUAUGUCGCCUGGUUGGCCGUGGAGAGCACCAUAAUCUUCCUCUUGUACCCGGAGACACAGGGCCCUAGCCUUGAGGAAGUCGCUGUGGUUAUGGAAGGUGAUAAUGCGAAAGUCCGGGUGAUCGAGAUUGGUGCUCUCGAGGAAAAGGGAGUGGGCUCCCACGGUGUCGAGCAGGUCGAGAAGGUGUAGGGCGAUAUCCGGCCUUGCUGCCACAU